AUGAGCUCCAAGUAUGAUCGUGUGAAAGUGAGGGUACAUCUUGGUGGCGAACACUACUACACGCUAUCACGCUUUACGCUCUCAAAGAUGUUGACAUUCUGCAAGCUCCCAGUCACAGUGGCGGUAAAGGUGAGCCUAGAUCUGAAGAAGCUCCUUGUGGAUCAGGAGAAACUCGAGAUAUCGCAGGCGGAGCUCGAGGCCGCUACUUUUCUCAUGAUGGCACAGUACGGCUAUGGCGAAGCACACGCACAACUCUUCCCUGUGAUUACACGCUUCUACGUGGAGCGCGUUCCUCUUGUCAUUCUCAUUGCAGGAAGUGGAUACUGUGGAAAGACCGCCAUUGCGCAUAGCUUGGGCUCCAAGCUCAAUACACAUAAUGUCGUGAGCACUGAAGUGUUGCUUGAAAUAGCCAGCUCCAUUUAUAAUGGUUUCUCCACAUCGUCUCUCUCCACUGGGAGUCAUGUGGCUGGUCAGGCUUUUUGGCCGCAACCCGAAGAAAAAUCUUUGUGGCUUCGUGAAACUGAGACGGAAGAGGAGUUUGUUUCCACAUGGUGUACGUGGUCGGAAGCUAUUUUUCCGCUUGUUGAGGAAGAGUUAAAUAAGGCUGUAACGGAGGGCAAGGUUCUUAUUCUGGAGGGAAGCCUUCUUAAUCUGGCUGCGCACAGGCCGUACCUUCUGCGGGAAUUCCAGCGAAGUCAUGGUGCCAUUGUGGUUGCUUUUUAUGUCACUUCAGAUGAUGCCUCCUGCCGAUUUUUUGUGGAGCGAUUUCUCUCUUCCUGUUACGCUUUUCUUCCGUCCCCCUACAGGAGCGACGGGGCCGCUGCAGUGGCGUGGAUGAUGCAGCGCUUGAAGGCCGUGGCUGAAGUACAAAAUCAGUGGUUUGCUGAUGGAGGUAGCGGCAGUGGUGGUGGUGGUGGCAUGGAGCGUUGUUGGAUUUGUGGUGAACGGAGCGGUAAUUCCAAGUUGGCCCAAACUUCUGCAUGUGACGGAAACGAGAUGUGCGUCCGUGGUGCUGAGGCGAGCCUGUCACCGCCACCAUCAGCGACAUCUUCAUCGGCCGUAGAGUUUCCGGAAGGGGCUGAGGAAACCGUUCAUGUGCACUUUGUGAAUUGCUCCGUGGAGACACCGUUGGAGACCUCCGAUGUGAUGCAGGAGCUCGUACUAGAGAGAAUCAUGUUGGAGCUCCGCCAAAGGAAAUCAUUGCUGUAG